AUGCGCUGGAGCAAUUCCUUUUACACCACAAAAACACACAUACCAUGGUAUGCGGGGAUUUCGACGCAUGGCACUCAUGCUGGGGAGGCCGCCGUUUCAAUAGAAACAAUCCCAGAGGAGACACCCUUUUGGACCUUAUGGCCUAAAACUGAACUAGUUCAGAAAUGCGUACACUUUCAAGGCGACCUUUCUUCUGAAAGAAUUUUGAUAAAACCAGAUUCUGGAUCAUCGAAAAGUCUAUCAUCAUUUCUGCGAAAUCAGAAUUUGGAGAACAUUUAUCCAUACUUGGAUAUAGCAGUUCACAUGGCUAUGUGUACGUACACCAGCGACAAAUUGUUCGGGUGA